AUGUCGACUUUUGCCACCAUGAUGACAUCCUCUGCCGUGACCUCUUCCUCCUCGAUCGUCUCAUCGACGAGAAAGAACGUAAACCAUAAUAACAACAACAACAUCGGAAAAAGAAAUUUAGUCAUCUCUCGCGGUAUCUUUGAUGAUAUCAAAGCGCAAGUGCAAAGCUUACGCCCAGACGCGAAAUCUGCUGGAAUCUACGGUUCACAAGGUAAAGACGAUUACGAAGACGUGGAUGUGGAAUAUUACUUCAACUAUAUGGGAUUAUUGGCCGUGGAAGGGACGUACGAUCGUAUGAACGCUUUGAUGGAGACGGGCAUUCACCCAGCGGAUGCUAUUUUGCUCUUCGCGAGCGCCGAGGGGGAUACGCCAAAGUGCACGGAAUUGAUGGAAGCCGGUGCGAACCCCAACGCUAAAGGAUUGGACGGUGUGACUGCGAUUGAUGUGGCCGGUAAGAACAACGCGGAAAAGAAAGAGAUGGUGUUGGAGAUUUUGCAAAAGAAAUAUUAA